GCACCAUGGUCCUGUGGAACCUGGACCGGUAUGAGUGCAAGGAGCAAUGGCUUUCUGGGAAGUUCGGUCAGCAGAUCUGCGUCGCCGCGGAUUGGGAAAACCAGCGUGCUGUCAGCGGCACAGCACAGGGGAAGCUCCUCCUGUGGGAUUCGAAGAAGCUGGCACUCAUCAGUGCAGUGGAUGCUCACCCGGGAGCACGCAUCAACAAAGUCUUCAUUGAUGUGGUCAUCGGCUUCGCUGUAACCGCUGCCGAAGACGGCAGAUUACGC